AUGGGGACACAACAUAAGUUCUAUGGUGCUAGCUUGGUUUUUCUAUCACCACAUCAACUCAUGCUAACUUUCCCUCCAGACCCUUACGAUGAUGAUGAUUUAGAACAUGAUCAUCAGAACAAAAGGAUUGUAAUUUCCCCUGAGGUUUUCAUCAAAGGGACAGUGUGUGGUUGUUCCAUGAAUGUUUUCUUGUGUAGUGACAACAGGUACACAAGUGGCUAUGGUUAUUUCCUCCAUGACCCCAUUAACAAGGAAUCAUUCAAGCUCCCUUCGCUCGAGGUGAAGAAGGAGUGUCUUCAUGCUAUUGGCUUUACAUGUGAUCCAUUUUAUUGCAACGAGGAUUCAAGGAGAAACUAUCUUGAUCCUAAGAAGUGUUUCAGGGUGGUAAGAAUCAAGUCCUUCAUUGUAAGACACUAUGAAUUCGAGGUUGAUGUUUGGUCCUCAGAGACAGGAAACUGGAGACAAAAGACUGUGAUAUUAGACGAUGGUUUUGCUUUUGCUCCUCAUUGGUCAAUGAGUUUUGCAUAUGAAGGAGGAUUGUAUUUCAUGGGUAGGACUAGUAUAUUUGUUUACGAUCCUUAUCAUCUCAGUGGUGAGACACUUGAUUACCCUAUUGAUUCUGACCCAAUGAACAUUAUGAGCUUUGGUUUUCUUGGAUCUUCUUGUGGAGACUUGAGGAUUGCUGAUAUUGGACACAAUGAUAUUAAGGUUUGGGAGUUGGUUUCGAAUGAUUGGGAAUUAGUACACCAUGUUGAUUUCUCAGGACAUUUGCCAAAUGAGUUUUGUGCUGAUUACUAUAAGCGUGUGGGGGGUUUUCACCCACAUGAAUGGGAGACUGUGUACUUGUAUUCUUUUAAUGAAGGGAUUUAUGUUGCAAAUCUUCAGACAAAGAAAUUUACCUAUAUCCCUGGAUAUCAGAAAUGUGAUUUGAGUCCAUUUCAUUUGGAGUUGCCAUUGUGGUCAUCAUCACCGGAGGAGUGA